AUGCACGUUCUCCUCCUCCAGGAGCUGGCGCGCAGGCUGCACGCGGAGCGCGCCGCCUCCGCGGCCGAGGCGGCGGAGCGCUGCGACGGCGCGGGCGAAUCCUGCGCGGGCCGCGAGCGCUGGAGCUUUUGCGAGUGGCUCUCGGGGAAGGUCUGCCAGCCGCUGGCGGAGGCGCUGGCCGCCCCGCUGGCCGAAGCCGAGCGCGGCCAGCUUGACUUUUCGCUCGUCCAGGCGCUCGGCCAACUGGAGCUCGAGCGCGACGGCACGGCGAGGGAGGUCGUCGUAGGCCUGCUGCGCAGCGGCGGCGUUCUCGAGAAGCUCGCCGACGUGAUCGUUGGGAUGGCGAAGGAGCUCACGCGGGCGCAGGCCGCCACGGCCGGCGAGAUGAACUGCAAGUUCGCGAGCGAGCCGGGCUCGUUCUGCUUCUCCUACGGCACCCAGAGCGACUUCUUCGGGGGGCUGGAGGAUCUCAUUGGCUCGCCCGACCCGAGGGUGGAGAGAGCAAUGAUGCGCGAGCACUGUGAUGCGGAGGACUCCGCUGUCGAGUGGACGACUCAGAACUACGGGGUGACAACCACGCCGGAGAUAGAGUGGCACUUCGUGGCAGGGAAAAACAAAGACCCUCGGAUAGCCCGGCGGUCGCAUGACGUGUUUCGGUCAGGAUCGAGGACCCUCGGAUCCGUUCAGGAAGACCACGGCGGCAAAGGUAGCCCGCGCCCUGAGGCGGGCGACGCGAGCUCCGAGUGGAAGUGGCCCGAGGAGACGGUCACGGAGUACCGCCGCCAGUGGAGGGACAUCGGCGACUUCAAGGACGUGUUCGAGGGGAUCAACGCGAAGUUGAGGGACAAGGGUGAGCAGCCGCUGGACCUACCCGAGUGGCUCGGAGGCCGCCUCUACACUGGUCCCAUGUUCGAGAAGUAUCCGGGUGUGCUGACGCAUAGCCACGUCAUUGCGCUGGGGGAAUUUGCACG